AUGUCGCCAAGUACCACCACCCCGACAAUGACAAUCACCCCGCGCCCCGAAGAGCUCAUCACGGCCGACGCGAGCCUCAAGGACACGCUCCCGCGCGACUUCUGGUUCGCGGCCGCGACCGCCGCGUACCAGAUCGAGGGCGGCUGGGACGAGGACGGCAAGGGCGCGUCCAACUGGGACGUGCUGAUGAACGAUGACCCCCGCUUCGGGGAGAGCGGCGACGGCAAGAUCGCGUGCGACUCGUACCACCAGUGGCGGGAGGACAUUGCCCUGCUCAAGAAGUACGGCAUGAACUCCUACCGCUUCAGCCUGGCGUGGAGCCGUAUCAUUCCUGAUGGAGGGGCGGAGGACCCCGUCAACGAGAAGGGUGUCGAGUACUACGACAACUUGAUCAACGGCCUCCUCGACCAAGACAUCACCCCCUUCGCGACCAUCUUCCACUGGGACCACCCGUACACCCUCGAGCAGCGGUACAACGGCUUCGAGUCCGUCGACGACAUUGUGCGCGACUUUGUCAACUACGCCCGCGUGUGCUUUGAGCGCUUUGGCGACCGCGUCAAGCACUGGAUCACGAUCAACGAGCCGCUCGUGUACACGCUCUUCAACGCGACGUACAUGAAGGAGGGGCGCUGGACCGACAAGGAGCACGCCGCGUUCGUGCGUGGCCUGGUGCUGUGCCAUGCGUACACUGUCGAGCUUUACGACCGCGAGUUUAGGGCCAAGCAGGGCGGCGAGAUUGGCAUUACGCUGAACAUUGACAUCUGCGUGCCCAUCGACGACGCCGACCCUGCCGCCCGCGCCGCGGCGCACGCGUCCGUCGACCACAUGCUGGGCAUGUACGCGGACCCGAUCUACCUCGGCUUCUUCCCGCGCACCGCGAUCGACCGGUUCGGCGAGGAGCACCUGAGCUUCACGGACGCGCAGUGGGCGGUGGUGAACGCCGCGGCGGGCAAGGUCGACUUCUUCGGGAUCAACCACUACUCCACGAGCUAUGCCACCGGCAAGUGGUUCGACUACGAGACGGCGGACAAGUGGAAGCGGACGCGCGGGCUGCAGGAGCGCGUCAAGGAGCGUAACGGGCAGGUCAUCGGCAACAAGGGCCAGGACGGCCACCCGUACGACGUGCCCUGGGGCUUCCGCCGCCUCCUGCGCCACAUCCAUAACCGCUACACGCGCAAGCUCGGCAUCCCCAUCAUCGUGACGGAGAACGGCUUCGCAGUGGACCAGGAGUACAAGAUGACGACCGAGGAGGCAUGCCACGUCGGCGACAUCCAGCGCCAGCAGUUCUACGCGGGGUAUAUCCGCGAGCUGGCGCUCGCUGUGCGCGACGACAAGAUCCCGAUCACGGGAUACAUGUGCUGGAGCUUGCUUGACAACAUCGAGUGGACGACGGGCCAUAUCCCCCGCUUCGGCCUCACCGCCAUCGACUUCUCCUCGCCCAAGCGUACCCGCACCCCCAAAGACUCGCCGUUCAUGCUUCGCCGCGUGUUCGACCACCUCGUCUCGCGCGAGGUCAAGAAGGUCGAGUAG